GUAUAAUUGCAUGCAGCUGACAUGCCUUCCUAAAGAUGCAGUUCACGCAAAACUAGUGACUGACUGCUGGACUCCUGCAACUCCUCAUCCUGCCGUUGCUGCCGCCGGUCUUGCCCAACUGACGUAACCACGCCCCCAUCUUACCACUCGGACGUACAGCCAAUGGGGCGGCACGUUUUCCUUACGCCACGAGGGUCAACGGUUACAGCAAUGGACGCCUACCAAAUGUAAACAACCCUGGCUGUUAGAGAUUUAAGAUAUGAGGCUUUUAUCGAGGGGAGUGUGGUGCGCUGUAGGUCUGAGGGAGUCGAGCCGGAGACACUUCUGGGGCUGGCUCAAUGCAGUCUUCAACAAGGUGGACUAUGAACGGAUCAAAACUGUGGGUCCGGACCGAGCUGCAGCAGAGUGGCUGCUGAGAUGCGGUGCCAAAGUGAGGUUUCAAGGUUUCGAACGCUGGCAUCAGGACUACAACGGACUGCCAACUGGGCCUCUGGGCAGAUACAAGAUCCAGGCAAUCGACGCCACCGAAUCUUGCAUCAUGUACAGAGGGUUUGACCACCUGGAUGGUUUGAAACAUUUGGAAGAAAUUAAGUUUAACAAGUGUAUCUACAUUGAGGACACCUGCCUGGAGAGGUUGAGCUCAAUAGAGAAUCUGCAGGAGAGUUUGUACAUGAUGGAGGUGGUGUCAUGUGGAAAUGUGACUGAUAAAGGCCUGAUCGCGCUGCACAGACUCAAGAAUCUGGAGUAUCUGUUCCUCAGUGAUCUUCCCGGAAUCACAGAUAAACAAAAGACAGUUGAAAGACUGCAGACGGCACUUCCACGUCUGGAAGUAGAACUGGACCUGGAGUGACUGAGAACAACUUCCUGUUUAAGAUUGGAAAACAUGGACAACUUUUCAAGGGUUUUUAAAGUAAAAGACCCAGGCUGGGGGUGAAUUAUACUUUAUUUAUUCUUUUUCUAGGAAAAGACCCAGAGGUCUUGCUUUUCGCAUCCUUUAAAUGCUAAGGAAAUAUGUUUCACUGCUUUGUUCUGAUCUUCUUUAACAUAGGGUACACUAGACAAUCUUCUGUGAAAUGAAAGAAGAUAAUGUUGUCCAACAAUUACUUGAGGCCCUUUGUAAGUGCAGUAGGCAAGCCGUUUUAGCCAUGUACGUCACUUGUUUAGGAGGAUGCUGCAACACU